GCGUGCCUCUUUCUGCUAGGGGUUGCUUAGGCACGUGCGGCCCCGCGGAGCCAACAUGCCGGUUGCCCGGAGCUGGGUUUGUCGCAAGACUUACGUGACCCCGCGGAGACCGUUCGAGAAAUCCCGUCUCGACCAGGAGCUGAAGCUGAUCGGCGAGUAUGGGCUCCGGAACAAACGUGAGGUCUGGAGGGUUAAGUUUACCCUGGCGAAGAUCCGGAAGGCUGCCCGCGAGCUGCUGACGCUGGACGAAAAGGACCCGCGGCGUCUUUUCGAAGGUAAUGCUCUGCUUCGGCGACUUGUUCGCAUUGGGGUGCUGGAUGAGGGCAAGAUGAAGCUGGAUUACAUCCUGGGCCUGAAGAUUGAGGAUUUCUUGGAGAGGCGGCUGCAGACCCAGGUCUUUAAGCUGGGCCUGGCCAAGUCUAUCCACCAUGCCCGUGUGCUCAUCCGCCAGCGCCAUAUCAGGGUCCGCAAGCAGGUGGUGAACAUCCCAUCCUUCAUUGUCCGCCUGGAUUCUCAGAAGCACAUCGACUUCUCCCUCCGUUCUCCAUACGGUGGUGGCCGUCCAGGUCGUGUGAAGAGGAAGAAUGCCAAGAAGGGCCAGGGUGGGGCCGGAGCUGGUGAUGAUGAGGAAGAGGAUUAAGCCCAUACUCUUUGAGCUUGGGAGGGUUGUCUAGUUUUCCAGUCAGCUAAUAAAACUACCAGUACUAUGGUG